AGCAACGAAUCAUCACCCUGACCUUGAUUUCUGCCUUUGCUGCUGGCCAUAUUCGUCGACUUCUCCCUCACAUAUUGCCAAUUACGGUGCACGAAAGGAUACACAGUACUUUUAAGCAAUUUGAGCAUCAAACCAAGCCAUUAAGGACAGCCCAAGUCGAAGCAAUGUCAGCGAAAGCGAAAGAGGAACAAGGUAUCCAGCAAAUGGUAGCCGAGUGCUUUAACAACUGGAGAGUCAUGGGUGCGCAUCUCACGGCACUGACUACAAAGAGUGAGGCGGUUGCUUCAGCGGAGUCAAAACUUCUGAAGGAGAAUGCCGCUCUACGCCAGCAACUCAAUGACGCCCAGACGCACAUAUUCGCCUUGCAGCCAUUCCACGAGGACCUGACACCUGAAGAUAUCAACGACGCCUUUAAGAAAGUUGUCGAUGGUGUUCAAGCAUGGGCCCAAGAUACCUGCCAAAAGCUUCCAACCACUGCAGAGCAGUGCAGCAAUCAUGUCCGACGCAUGGCACGAGCUGAUCCUCGGGGUGUACACAAAUUCCAAGGCCUCGUUAGGGCAGAAUUGGACAUCAGCGUUGCUAUGACGCUUUCUGAAACAGACGAAGACAUCUUGGUUGCUAUGAUGAUGAGAGCAUUGCAUUCUCACGUGUUUGGCCAUCCGCGAGGCAAACUCUUUGGCUGCAUGCCCUCAGAAACAGCAAUGUGUCACAGGAUCGCGGAAGCAUUGGCCACGACUGUUACCAAGAAACGAGAUGCGGUUGCUAUCAGCAACUGGAAUGCCGGGGCACUCACGGCGCUUGUGUCAACACAAUGUUUCGAAUGGGAGCAGAAGAAGCAACUUAUGGAAACCGCCGCCAUAAUUUCACAACUGUUUGGCAUCUUCUGUCCCGAAGACAGAUUUGGCGAAUUUCACCGGGACAUUCUUGAAUCAUCGCGUGCAGUCCCCACCAAGUCGAGUUCGACUUUCACAAAUAUCGCGCGCGAGCUUGACAAGACGAGACGCAUCUCGACGUCACCAGAAUUCUUCGCAAACGUCAACAAAAUGCGAUGCGAGGAUGUCCUGAACAACAGAAAGCGAUUCGACCUGGCAAAGGUGAGCUCAGGCUCCAAGCACGGCUAUGUCGAAGAGCACUUGGAGCCAAUCUGUCUCCUAUCGCCUGGAAUUACCAUGGUACACGUUUCUCGGAUGUCAGAAUCGAACAAGAACCCACACGUCAAGACUGUCCGCCCGCCUCGUAUGCUAGUCGCAUGGGGCGGACAAGCGGCAAUGGAGACAUUCUGCACGGGCAAACCACCCACACUCACCCACCAGUUUUGCUUAGUCAAGCUGCACUAAGCCAGGGGCUCAGAUACUCAGCUGUAGCGUACCAUAGUUGUGGGCGUUUGUGGAAGCCGAGAAACGAAGCUAAGCUAUCAGGAGGCAUGGGAAGGGGAAAGCAAGUAGAGUCCGUGCAGAGGGAGUCCAAGGGGCACGCCAUCGAGUGACUUUGACCGGGGCAACUAGAUACC